AUGGCGGUUAAUGAAGCUUUGCAGAGUAUCCUGAUGAGUGUUGAUAGUGAUGAGGAUAGGCAACUGCUGGAGCUGAAUCACCGUUCAUGGGACGGGAAGGAAAGGGUUAAGAAUGGAGUGGUGGAUGAGGAAGGAAGGUUAGUUGAGGAAGAUGAGUCGAAAAGUAAUGGAAUAGCUGGAGAUAUAAACGGUGGGGAAGGAGGGGGUGUUCAAGUCCAGGCUGUUAAGCAACAGCCUCAAGGGUCAACGGUUUGCUGGGAAAGGUUUCUACAUGUUAGAUCUCUAAAGGUUUUACUGGUGGAAUAUGAUGAUUGUACUCGCCAUGUUGUCACUGCACUGCUUCGCAAUUGCAGUUAUGAAGUGAUUGCAGCAGCAAAUGGAUUGCAAGCAUGGAAGAUUCUUGAAGAUUUGACUAAUCAUGUUGAUCUAGUCUUAACUGAGGUAGUUAUGCCAUGCUUAUCCGGUGUUGGUCUUUUAAACAAGAUUAUGAGCCAUAAGACGAGGAAAAAUGUUCCUGUGAUUAUGAUGUCAUCUCAUGAUUCAAUGGGUCUCGUCUUUAAGUGUUUGUCAAAGGGUGCUGUUGACUUUUUAGUGAAGCCUAUACGAAAGAAUGAGCUUAAGAACCUCUGGCAGCACAUUUGGAGGAGAUGCCAUAGUUCUAGUGGUAGUGGAACUGGAAGUGAAAGCGGCACACAAACUCAAAAGUCUGUAAGAUCAAAAAGUGUUGCAAAGUCUGAGAACAAUAGUGGAAGCAAUGACGAGGAAGAUAAUGAGAGCACUGGUUUGAAUGUUGGAGAUGGAAGUGACAAUGGGAGUGGCACUCAGAGUUCCUGGACAAAAAAAGCUGUAGAAGUUGACAGUCCACGACAAGUGUUCUCAUGGCACCAGGUAGCUGAGUGUCCUGAUAGUACUUGUGCCCAAGUAGUUCACUCAAACGCUGAAUCACUUGGUAACAAAUUGGUCCCUCCAGCUGCAACAAGGGAGUGCCAACAACAGAAGGAACAUGACAACUUUGCAAUGGGAAAAGAUCUAGAGAUAGGCCUAUCCAGUAAUAGAGAUUUACAGCGUCAGCACGCUAAUGACUUUUCAACCAAACCAGCAGGAACAAGACAGAAUAAUCUGAUUGAGAUAGGUUCCGGUGAAUUUGACCACCAGAUUGAUAAGGGGCAGCUGAAGUUCAACUAUGAGAGUCCUUCCAGUAAGCCAAAGUAUGAUGGUGCUACUAUAACAGGUGUUGUCACUGAUCCCACCGAUCCCCUGAUGGACAGCACACAAUUCGAAGCUUCUAACAGACAAUAUAAGGCCUUAGACAGAAGCACUAAAGCCAAUAGUAAUACUCAUGAACCAUCCGUGGAGCUCAGUUUGAAAAGACUUAGAGGAGUUAAAGGCACUGAGACAACAGUACAGGAUGACCGCAAUGUCUUAAGACGUUCAGACUCUUCAGCCUUUUCAAGGUAUAAUGCAGCCUCAAAUGCUAACAAGGCUCCUUCUGGGCAUGUUGGAAGCAACUCUCCACAAGAUAAUAGUGGGGAAGUUACAAAAAAGGAAUUUUUUCGCGAUAUUCGACCUCAUUCAAGCGAAAACCCUCCCAAUCAAUCCUCGAAUGGAGGCAGCAAUAACAUUGAUAUGGGCUCCACAACUAAUAACGAUGUUCCCAAAUCUCAAGUUAUAAACAAGUCAGCAGCAGCAUCCACUGUCCAACUUUUGCAUCCAUCGUCUGCUUUCCAUCCUGUGAAAAAGGACCUUAAGAGUGCUACCCAGCAAGUUUUAGUAGAUAAUGCUAAUAAUGUGGCAACGACAGUAUUGGCUCAAUCAAGAGAUGCCCAGAAGCAACUCCAAAUUCAGAACCUCCAUCAUGAUUAUGAUCACUGUCAGGUCCAUCGCCAUGUUGUCCACACUAUGCAAGGACAACACCUGCCUGAGCAUAAUGAUUUAUCUUUGAAGAAAUUGGCUGCAGCUGCUCCGCAUUGUGGAUCGUCCAAUGUUCUGAGUGGGCCUGUUGAAGGUAAUCCUGGAAAUUACAGUGUCAACGGAAGUGCUUCAGGCAGUAACCAUGGGAGCAAUGGGCAAAACGGAAGCAGCACUGGAAAAAAUGUAGGUGGUACAAACAUGGAAAGUGAUGUUGCUGGGAAAAGUGGAAGUGGUGAUGCUAGCGGAAACCAGAGUGGAAAUAGAGUAGAUGAAAACAAGGUCAAGCAGAGAGAAGCUGCCUUGACCAAGUUUCGUCAGAAAAGAAAAGAGAGAUGCUUCCGGAAAAAGGUUCGGUAUCAAAGCAGAAAGAAACUGGCAGAACAACGACCUCGCAUCCGGGGACAAUUUGUGCGGCAGACGGUGAGCGAGAACACGGUCUGGACAACAGAUAGCUAA